AUAAUUUUGAGUUUUUUUUUUAUCUCCAAUCCCUCGUAAUUUAUAAAGAAGUAAGAAAUUUACGUGAAAAUGCCAUUAUUACGAAACAAACCACUUGCAGACUGUGCUGAUUUCGAAGCGAGCAUCCGACACUACCAAAACCUUAAUCAGCAGAUAGAACAAAAAACGAGUGCAGUGUUCGACUUAGUGAACAAACUAAAUAAUUCAAAAAAUUCCGAAAGCUUCACAGAAAAAUCCCAAACAGAUGCAUCGUAUCAACUACAUGAUCGCAAUAAGAACACAUCACAGGACGCAUCAGUCUCAUUGGCGCGAUCCGAGCCUCGGGAAAAAUCUGCAGUAAACAAACAUCAAAUCAUAGUAGAUUUAACUCAACGUUUGCGCGACAUUCAAAAUGAACUGGAAUCAGCAAGGGUUCAACAAAGAAAAGCGGAAGAAGAACGAGAUCAACAGAAACAAGAAUUGAGUCAACUCAGGGAAAAUUCGAAAAAAAUGAAAAGUGCAAUUCAAUCGAAGCAAUUGCUUCAUGAAGCUCACAAGAAAGAAAUGGCCGCUGUAUUGGAGAAGCUGAAAUCUGAAGAGCAAUCGCGGAAAUCUUUCCAAAAGGAAAUCGAGAGAAUCUCGAAACAGCUGAGCGUUGUUACAUCGGAUAAGGAGAAACUGGCGGAAAAGUUAGAACAUUCCAAGACGGACCUGCUGCUAUUAAAACAACAUAAAUUAGAUGACCACCCUAGCAAUAAAGUCCCUAUAAUGCUUAAAUGUAUUAGAAAACAGUCACUUUUAAUCGAAAACUUACUGAAACAGAUUGCGUGUUUGGAGCAACUAAAGAACUGAUACAGCGAUCGAUAGCGAUGGUCCACAUUCCUAAAUAUAACUUUGUUUUGUCCUAAAA